GUCUUUGUCGGGGUGCCGAAGAAUUCAAAAUGUCUCAAUGUUUUUCACUCGUGGUUAUCUCCACGCAAAUACAAUUCGUCGUGUUGGCGUCGACGUUCGCAAUUGGAGAAUCGACAGGUUCUGAAGCUCAUCCUCACCAGCCCUGACCAUCGCAUCAGCAAAAGCACCGCAUUUUGGUCUUGCGCAGAACUGAUCUUACCAUCUAACUGCCGUUGCAUCCCCUUGGUCCGGACAGGGAAUUUCAAAGUAGGUGAUGUUUUUGAGUCAAUGUUGUUUCAGCAUUAACGCAUGUCUAAAGGCAAGAGCAACCACCAUGCCUUCCUCAAGCGACCACGACACCGCAAAAGAGCGCAGUGUCAUGUACACCUACCUCCGCGCUGACGUCCGCCUCCACCACGCCUCUCAAGACCACAUGAGAUUCCAUCUUCUCGCCGCCUUCUCCGCCAUCCUGGAGAUGGAAGAAACCGAUCUUGAGUACACACUCGAAGACAACGUUGGCCAUGAAUUGGUCCUGAAGGAAGAAGACCAGAUCAUGAGUUGGAGAGAUGGCAGCAAGAGUGCGCUUGUGCAGUCUGCUGCGGAGAUCGUCGAGGACUGCGCUAGAGAUGUUGCAGGCGCUUUUGGUGUUGAUCAGCAGCGUGUGCUAUUUGAGCUUGCAAACCACAUGUUUGGAGCUGCCAAGGACUUGAAGAGCUACGUGGUGCUGGAUGUCAUCGCCCUCGACUGAGCUCUCAAAGUAGAUUGGAGUCAAGCCGAGCAUUUGAGAAGGUAGCCGCUCCUUUCAGGCAGAGCGAAGCGCAGAAGCACGACGGCGGAGACGCGGAGUCGACGGCCUUGAGUCUUGAGCAGACCGUUUGUGCAAACAGCAGCAGCCGGGGGAGAGAACGCAUCAUCAGGAAGGCUCCUCACCACGACAAAGAAUUUGCUCCCAUGCACACUGCAUGAGCAGAUAGAUCCGCUUGAUCAACAGAGAAACAAACAACAAAACAACAUG